AGGGCCGGAGGAGGAAGGAGUCGAGCAUGCUCGUGAAAGAAGAUUAACCUUAAUAUUUGGCCAGCAGGCAGGUUCUUGAUUGCGCUGAGCUGCAGUAUAAAGAUGGGUGAUCAGGAGCACGACAGAGAGCACAGUGAGAUGCUUAACAGCGAUUAUGUGGACCAGCUCUCAGUCAGUGAUGACUCUGAGCCUGAAGAACCACCCAUCAGAGAACUGGACCACAAUGAAGAUGACGACUCUGUUCCAGCUGCUUUUCACACAGCUCGGAGUUCAUUCAGUUUGAGCGGAGGAAGCUCAGCCUUCUCAGACCGCAGUCACAGUAUCUUUGACUGCCUAGACAGUGUUGACCAGCAGACUUCCUCCUCUCUUAGUCAGGAGAGCACUACAGACAGACUGUUUACUCAGCCUCCAUUUCCCAGCCGUAAGACGAGCCACCUUUCGUCCAACUGUCCCAUACCACCAAAGAAGAGAGGAGUUCCGGACUAUUUGGUGCACCCCGAAAAGUGGACACGCUACAGUCUGGAGGAUGUGACAGAGACCAGCGAUCAAGACAACCGCAAGGUGGCUCACCAGUUCCUGUCCAGUCUGCAGCAGGAGAGAACAAGGGAUUCUUCCUGUGACAGCCAGCAGAAGAUGAUUUUCUCCAGACCAAAGCGACAGGCGGAAGAACAACCUGCUGACCAUCUGUCAACUGUGAGAGUAAAAGAGAGGAGAAUGCACCUCAGUCACCUGGAGGAGGAGGAUGAGGAUGAAGAGGGCAGGCAAAAAGAGAAGAUGAGAAGGAGAACAGAAAAAAGCGUAGAAAAGACUGAGGAAAAAGGCAAAGAUGAAGAGACAGAUACAAGUGGAGCUGUGGCUUGGACAGAGGACAGCAAACAGGUGGAGAGAGAGAAGAAGAUAGAAGAGUCCACCCAGGGCUUUACCUACUUCAGGAACACUAAGGCUAAGAACUACAGAAAGAGUUCAGGAUGUGAGGACCCCUGACCCAGACAAACUUAGCGUGACCUCCUCACAAACAGCAGAGCUCAUCUAUAACAUGCAAAUGUAUUACUGUUUAGGCAAAUGUGUGAACUGCACUGGGUCACCAAACUUCCACCUCUUGUAUGAGUUUCCACGUCCUAGAGAGCAAAGUGUAUUUCACUCAUGACCCCUCCCAGCUCCACUUAUAAGCAUGCACUCUGAUUCACCUGCGGCGAUGCAUAAUAGUAAUGUCGCUGUGUCCUGGCUUUUCUACAUAUGUUGAACUUGUGUGCCGAACAAUAUUUUAUAGCAAGAGUUUUCUAUCUUAUUUGAUCUGUCCAAAAUUAGAAGCAUAGAAUUGAGGAAUGGAUUUAACUACAUCAUAAGAAAACGUUUGCAUACACUUGUAAACCAUAUGUAUCAUGGCAGUCUUGAGUUUCUUAAUGACUCCUACAGCUCCUAAUUUUAUGUAAUGGAAUGAUUGAAACACAUGUAUCUUUAUCACAAAAACAAGCAUUUUGCAUUGCAUUUUGUUUCUUUUAUAGAUUUAUUAUUGGUCUUCUAGAAAUAUGACACAAUGUGUUGGGUCAAUAAUAUAACAACUUGAAUUCAUCAGUAAUGGUGAUGUAGAAAGUUGUGUGAAUCAAAUUUUCUUAGUGGCGUGACCUCUUAACUUCCUGUUAGUGAUUAUUAUUGACUCCAGCUGCUGACCUCUCUUGGCCAAUUUAAACGAGCCCAUUUAAUACACUCAUUACUACAGUGGGAAAUUCUGAUCGGCUGAGUACUAGAUAAGAAUACGUACUACAGAAAGUCUGGGAGCAGGUAAAUAUUUCAAUCACUUUAUGGUGAAAGAUUUAAUGUCACUGAAGAGAGGAUGUCUUUAAAGUGAUCUAACAUGAUCCAAAGAAGCAGGUCACUGACUUGGAACAAAAAAAAGGUCACUUGGAGCCAUUUCAAAGAUAUUUCAGAUCCCAAAAGAUACAACCAGAAGCUUGUAGAUGGCGACCAAAAGUGCCUAGUUGAGGUAAAAAUGGCCAAGGGACAUUUAACCAGAUAUUAGCAUUGCUGUAUGUAUAUUUUUGACCCAGCAGAUUUUGUCAUAUCUCCAGAUAACUUACAGUAAAAUUAUAGGAGUCACUGGAAACUCAAGACUGGCACGAUAUGCAUGGUCUUUACAAGUGUAUAUAAACUUUAGUUGAUGACUGUAUUUGCUUAUCUGCUGUCAUAUUCUCAUGCCUAGUUAGUGGGCUUACUGCACAGUAACUAGUUAGUCACUUAAUUGGUUUUACAUAGUGUCAGGGAGUAUUCCAUGAGGGGAGUACAGGAUAUUUUCAUACCCAGCACAUCCAAAAAAACUAUUUUAUGUUUUUUGUUUCUCCUGUGAGAAUAGGUUCACUGGAAGCAUUUAAUAACUCAGACUGUGUUUUCUGCCUAGGAUGGGGGUAACAUGAGCUCCAUUUGCUAGUUGGAUAUAGCUCAAAAGAUUCACCAAAGAAAGUUCUCAUUUCAGGAGGAAACAUUAACAUUUGACAUCUAGAAACAAAAGGCUGCUCUGCCUGAAUAAAACACCUCACAGAUUUGUUUAUCGCUGUGAAUUCUGAUCAGUAAAUUUGUUGAUUUGAUUGACAGGUCAGCAACAGUAAGGGGACGGGGCUCAGUGAAUAGUCAGCCCAAAAACCAUCACGUGUGCUGAAAAGACUGCUGUUGCUAUGUUUUGAACGUGAAAACUCUUUAGUUAUGACAAUUUAGAAUAGAAGAAACCGGCUGACUGCAGCAAUUGUCUCAUCCAGUUUUUACCCACUGCUAGCCAGAUGGUGGAGAAGAAAAUAAAAAUGUGAUUAAAAGUGCAAAAUAAAAUUAAAAAAAAAAACAUUCAGACAUU